UUCAUUAGGCGUAGUUUACUGGAUGACUAGCUCACUGGCCAGUCACUAUUAAAAGUCGUAAUUAUGAUAUCGUGUCGGAUGUUUAAGCGAUAUUAUUAAAUCCGGGACUAAAAAGAUGUCUGACACACUUAAAAAAGACAAUCUGGGAGCAGUUCUAGUUCAGGUUCAAGAUGAUUUGAAACAACUCAGGUCCAGUCUCAAAAAAAUCACCGCUGGAGAGAGGGACUUAACGCUGGACAUUGAAGCCCUGGACAAUGCCAUUCGUAACACAGAGAACAGCAUCAGGAAACAUGCGGAGGAUUGUCUGAGAACAGUGAAUAAGCAGCAGCUGGUUCUUCCGAGCAUUGAAGAUAUACAAAAAAAGAUUCAGAUUCCUAAAUGGAAACCAUCUCUGGAGAGAAUCCCAGAUGUGCAUCCACGCAGGGAACGGCUUCCAGGAGUUUCAGCUGGGGGAAAGCCACAUUUGUUGUACUAUCCUGUUCAGCCAAACAACAGAGCCAUUGUGGCACAGAAAUCUGGGCUAUCGCUCCCUGAAGUCCACAAGAGGAGCACAAAUGGAACAAAACGCAGUAAAAUCCACCACCAAAGGGCUGAACUAAAGGAUCGUCACAUCCCGGCAGCACCGCAAGAAGAAACAGAGACAGUGCCACAUCGAAGUUUGCUUUGUAUGUCGAUGCAGCACAAAGCUGCUUCUCUUCACCCAAGAGAGGAUUCAUAUCCUUCUAAAACAGUUUCAAAGUCCAGAUGCCAAAAGCAGCUAAAAUGGGACACAGAUUCUGAAUCCACCUCUGCAAGUACAGACAGAGAAUCCCCACCCCUCUGGACCACCACGACGCCUCCUCCCACCACAACGUCCAAGAGCAUCAACAGUCUUAUCCCGAAAAGUCCUCAGGAUCUAGUUGUGUCGGUUCCUGAAAACAUUACCAAAUACACCUUCUCAAUCAUAAAUGGACAAAUGGACCCUGUGGCGACUGAUUUCUGCCACUUCAAGCAGAGUGUGAACCUGAGCUGGAGCAGUGUGGCCGAUGCUCUGGGGGACCUGACGAAACUUCUCAGGGACUUCGCGGUGCCUCUGGCGAAAGUGAGUGGAGAACGACUGGUGGAGUUUAGCCAGGGAUGGGAUGACGGUUGGAGAAACGCCCCUUCAGCGAUCGCACUCCUGUCAGUGCUUGAAAACUGGGAGGAGGUAUUGGGUCUUGUCGUACGCCCAGGUCAGCGCUACAAGGGAGAGGGAGGCUUUGAGGCGGCCGCCAUCCGCAUCCAGUCCUGCUGGAGGCGUCACGUAGCUCGGACGGCCUACCUGCGCCACUGCCGGCGCAAGUGGGCGGCAGGCACCAUCGCCAUCUCAUGGUUGAUGCACGCUCAGAUGCGUCGUGUCAGGACGGCCCUGCAGGCCCGGCGCUUUAGUCAGCUGGAGAAUUAUCGCAGCAGAGCUCAGCAUCUGGCAGCCAACUGGAAACAUAUCCAGUCCUCCAAGAGGACCAUUAUCCACAUCCCUUCAUUAGGAUACUGUCAGAGCCAGCGAAUGAACUUGAGGGGAUUUGACAUCCUGCAGAACGUCCAAAUAAGCCGAGUGUGCGACAUCAGAGAUGAAAAUGUGGAGGUGAUCUACGUGUGUUCCCAGCAUCUGGGCGACGACAUCUUGCACUAUUACACCAGCCUCCUGAAGUGUGAUGGAGCCGCAGAUGGGGCCGACGCCGGGGCCACUCUGGCUUUAUCCUGCAUGAGACGCUUUAUCAUUCUCACACCUGAGGCUGUAGACCAUUUCCCGACCCACAACAUGUGCCUUUCUACGCUGCUGAAGUACAGUCCACGCACCCUGAAGCGCAUCCGAAACCUGAUCCAGGGGAAGCAGGCCUACAUUGUGGGUGGGGUGGCCCAUACGGACGACCUGGCAGUGGCCGAUGAGUUGGGUGUGCCAAUCCUGGGUCCAGAACCGGCUAUUGCGCAACUCCACGGCAGCAAGUCCGGAGGGAGGAGGAUCUUUGCUGGGGCAGGGAUAGAUGUACCACCUGGUCAAGGAGACAUCUACUCAUUAAACCAGCUUCAUGAAAUACUGGCAGAGCUCAUGACUGAAAAUAUGGACGUGCAGCGUUGGCUCUUCAAGACGGACUCUGAGCACGGCGGCCGCGGUACAGCAUACUGUGAUACGUGCCAUAUUAGCUGCUAUAAGUGGGCGCGGCACGAAUAUCAUCGUUAUGGUCCUGAGCUAUGGAACACAAAAUGGAUGCAGGAGCCGGUGCUGCUGAGAUAUUUAGAUGAGAUCCCAGAAUGGCUGGCCCAUUAUGCGCAGCCCGCUAAAACCUCCUGCUAUCCCAACUGGGCCUGUUUCCUGAAGACCUUCCUCAGGCAAGGUGGUGUGGUGGAGGCCUACCCGCCUUCAGACAGCAUCACCUGUUUGACAGUGGACCUGCUGCUGGAGCCCGGAGGUGAGGUGACCGUGCUGUCUUGUGGAGACCAGCUUCAUGGCUCCUGUCAACUGGAAGCCAUUGGCUCCACUGUUCCCCAGACAUCCGUGCACCCAGAGAUCUUGCACUCCAUCUGCACCCGUGUGGGCCAGGCCUGUCUGCAGCGCCGUAUCGUAGGUCACGUCUCUGUGGACCUGGCUACAUUUCUGGACCACAACACCACGGAGCAGAAGGUGUGGGCUGUCGAUCUGGACGUCGCGUACAGUGACCAGCUCGCCAUGACCCAGAUGCUUCUGAUGAUGACUGGGGGAACGCUGAAUUGCCGCGCAGGCUGUUUACAAGUGCCAACUCCAAUCAGGGAGAGAUGCUGUGAACUCCAGACGGCAGCCAAACCUUCUGUUGGUAAUCGUUACGCAGUUAUUGGGAACCACUUGUUUCACUCCAACCUUUCCAUGUUGUACCAUAAUGUGUUCUUAAAGCUGUGCAAGUUUCACGGCAUUGGAUUUAACAGGAAGAGGAAGCAAGGCACGGUUUUUGCUCUUUAUGACAGGACCGAGCGAAGCAGUAUCGGAAUGAUAACCGUCUCGGAGGAUCUCCAGGGGGCUCUUGUGACCUUUGCUCGGAAUCUGUCAGUCAUUCAUCAGGAAAUAUCAUCCUCUAAAAUGCAAGGAGAAACUAAUUUCAAGGAUCUGAUGAUGAACGUAGAAGAUGUACUGCAGGUGACUUUUCAGAACAAGGUGCAAGCGGAGGAUAAAGCAUCUGUUUAGACGGCUGUUUUGCCUGUGAACUUGCCCUACUCUCGCCCUGUCAAGUGGUCAUGUCAAAUCCCCCGGGGAGUCCUGGGGAUGGAUGCCAAAUAAAUUUCUGAAAAUCACCGACUCUGUCAUGAAUCUGUAUAAUUAGCAGCUUUCUGAUAUGAAUGUAUUUUAAUAUUGGAAAGCAGAAAUUGUACCCUAGUGCCAAUAAGUCUUCAUGCAUUUACAUUAUGCAGCAUGAAGCAAUUUUAGCUUUAAUUUGAUCAUGUUUAACCACAAAAAAAUACUAAAAAGAAUAUAAAUAGAUCCACCGAUUAACAGCUAGUGUAUUGUUCACUGUUACCAGACAUAUAGAGAUCCAUUAUGUUUGUAUUUUGUGGCCCGUGUGCAGAUUCUAAUACACUUCUGCUGUGCACAUGGGACUACAUCAAUUACUAUGGUUGGCUGAUUAGGAAGUGAUUGGUACUGAGCGCACUUACUCCUCAAAUCCUCAAAUGACACUUAUUGUAAGUUAACAAUUACAAUAAUCUGACUGUUAUGCAUUAAAAAUAAAAAAUAAAAAACAGUAUUUGUUUGCUGGAAACUCACACCAUAUUAUAAUUUGCCAGUCUGUUUGUUAAUGUUGUUCAUCAUAAAUAUGGAUUGUUUUUGGUCCCCAUGCUUUAUAAGCCAAAGUGCAAAUUGUAUUAGUUGUAUUAAGAUGGCAAAUAAAUAUCCUGUAAUUUAUAUUCACAAACAGGUUUGAUGAAGGGAAAAAGAUUAGUUGGUUUGGAA